AAUAUGACGGCAUAAACCCUUGCCAUGGACAUGCUCGUACUGUCUGUGCCGGGAACGGGAUGCAGCCACUCCAAGCAGGACAACGACCCUAAGCACACUUAGUGACAAGUCUCUGAAUGGUCUUGAGUGGCCCAGCCAGAGCCCGGACUUGAACCCGAUCGAACAUCUCUGGAGAGACCUGAAAAUAGCAUUGUAGCGACGCUCCCCAUCCAACCUGACAGAGCUUGAGAGGAUUUGCAGAGACAAAUGUGAGAAACUCCCCAAAUAGAGGUAUGCCAAGCUUGUAGCGUCAUACCUAAGAAGACUCAAGGCUGUAAUCGCUGCCAAAGGAUUAAAUAGAUGACCUCUGAAAUGGAUGGUGAUGGUGAUAUGGACCCAGGCAGGGAUGACUUGCCCCUCAGAGCCAACACCAACCACAUCCUGGUCAGACACUAUGUCUUGGACCUGGACAUAAACCUCCAAACUAAGGUUAUCACUGGUACUGUGGUGCUCUUCCUGGAGCCAGGCCCACUGGCUGAAGAUGGGAAUGGGGCUGGGGAAGGCGCCCCAACCCCACCCCAAACAUCCCAGACUGAUGACUCCUGGGAGGAUGAGCGCCACAGAGACUUUACCUUAGUUCUGGACUGCUGUGACCUCACUGUGUCAAAAGUAGAGGAGUUGGACGUGACCUCUGUGUCAGAUAUGCAGGGUCUCCUAAAGGAGGUCAAGGGUGAGGGGUCAAGUGUUGGCCCACAACCAGACAGCCAAUCAGCUGUGCUCAUUCAGAGGCUGAUCUCCCUACCGUCCACCCAAUGGAAAAAGCAACACCACCUGUACUUCCAGUGCAGUCAUGCCCCUGCUUCUGAGGGUGGGGGACCCCUCAUCUUCCACAUUGACCGCUGGAGCCUGCAGGUGAGGAAGAGGGGGGUUCGGACCAUCCAGGAGUUCCCCCGAGCCCUGAGGGUCUGCUACAAGACCAAGCCGGAGGGAGGCUCUGUCAGGUGGACUAUAGAUCAGGACAACAGGUCAUGUGUUUACACCGCCGGCUCCCCCAUCAACAACCGUGCCCUCUUCCCCUGUCAGGAGCCUCCUGUCGCCAUGUCGACGUGGCAGGCCCAGGUACGAGCCCCUAGGGAGUGUGUGGUUCUAUUGAGUGGAGAGAACCAGGCCCAGCCCACGCACCUGCACCACACAGGUCUCUCUAGCUGGGACUACUAUGUAACUAUGCCUAUGCCUGCCUCCACUUUUACCCUGGCAGUGGGUUACUGGCGCCAGGCCACAGCACAACUUUCCACAGCACAGCUUACCCCUCCUGUGCAGGGUACAAGGGCAGGGGCCUCCCAUACGCAUGCUGGCAGCUUGGACCUGAAUCCAUUCACCAACAUGGACCAUCCCAUCAUCACCAGCCCACAGUCUACAUUAGUCUACUCAGGCCUGAAGGAUGAGAAGCACUCUGAGAGCGACUGCUCAGGUCUGGGCGAUGACAACUUCACCUGUUGCCAUGCGGAUUACCCCUGUCCAUUCACCGACCCAUCCGCCUGGAGCCAAGAGGUGGUCCCUCACCGGAUGUUUGCCCCGUCCUCUCUGCUGCAGAAGGCCCAGGUCCAGGUCCUCCCCCUGCUGCCUGGCUGCCUGGCUGCAGCCCACGCUACCCUGGGGGUCCAUCCCUUCCCCCGCCUCGACGUACUCAUCGUCCCAGCAAGCUUCUCUAGUCUGGGCAUGGCCAGCCCCCACAUCAUUUUCCUGUCACAGAGUGUGCUGUGUGGAGACAGAGAGGGAGACGGAGAGGGAGUUGGAGGAGAGCGGGGCCUGUCUCUGUGUGGGUCUCGUCUGUGCCAUGAGCUGUCCCACUCGUGGUUUGGCCUGGCCAUCGGGGCCCGGGACUGGACAGAGGAGUGGAUCAGUGAGGGCUUUGCCACCUACCUGGAGGACAUCAUCUGGGCCCGGGCACAGCAGUUGUCCAGCAAAGAGACAGAGGAACAGUCUCAACUCAAGGCUCUGCUGAGGUGGAGGAGACUCUCAGACGAACUACAGAACUCCGAGGAGCAGCUGCAGAUCCUCAGGCCCAACAUGGAGAGUACAGGCCAGGUCAGUGAGUCUGGGUCGUCCCUGGUCAAACAUGCCCUCAACCCAGAGAAAACCUUCAUGCAAGUCCACUACCUCAAGGGCUACUUCCUCCUCAGGUUCCUGGCCAGUAAAGUAGGACUUGAAUACUUCCUCCACUUCUUCAGACUCUUUAUAAAGAAAUACCAUGGACAACUGAUUCUCUCUCAGGAUUUCUUGCAAAUGCUGCUGGAGACCUUUCCUGACAUGGAGCGACAAGGCCUAACCCUCGAAGCUAUUUAUGCAGACUGGCUGGAUCGACCAGGAGUUCCUAAGUGGCUGUGUGAAGGGAGUGUCGUAUGGACACAGACUCGGCUGGUGGAAGACGUCAAAGCAGAGGUAGCAAAAUGGAUUGGUCUCAGUCCGAGCGUUGGAAAAGGCAGAAAGCGGAAGAAAGCUGGACUGAACGUGAACUUCAAAGAGGUGAUGCCGGAGCAGCUGGUGUUGCUAUUGGAGAUUCUGCUGGAGGAGGCGGAGCUAAGUGUGACAUCACUACGUACGAUCAAGAGAACCUACGAUCUCCCGAAGCAGGACGCUGAGCUUCACCUGGAAUUAUUUUCCAACAGUCUUGAAGGAGUUCCCACAUGCUGAGCACUUGUUGGCUGCUUUUCCUUCACUCUGCGGUCCAACUCAUCCCAAACCAUCUCAAUUUAGACAGCGCCGGAGAAGAUGGCUGAUGUUUUACAUGCUCCUAACCAGUUGUUUUUUAUAUUUUUUAUUUUAGCUUAUUUUGUACAUUAUACUGCUGCUUCCAUCUCUUAUGACCGAAAAUAACUUCUGGACAUCAGAUCAGCGAUUACUCACCACGAACUGGCAGAAGCUUUUUUUCCCUAUUAACGAGUCUGACGAGCCCGACGUGAAUGACAUACUGCUUUUCCGGGAACAGGCCCAAAUCCCCGUCAUUUGCGUGAAGAGACAACAGAGAAAAAGAGGACGGGGGUCGGGCUUCUGUGAAUUUGUAGGCGAUCGAAUAAACCCCCCCUGCCUUCCGUUCUACUAGCUAACGUGCAAUCAUUGGAAAAUAAAAUCAACGACCUACGAGGAAGAUUAAACUACCAACGGAACAUUAAAAACUGUAAUAUCUUGUGCUUCACGGAGUCGUGGCUGAACAACGACAUUAUUAACAUACAGCUGGCUGGUUAUACGCUGUAUCUAUCUAGAGAGUUUUCAUCUGUAUUUUUCGUAGCUGUCUACAUUCCACCACAGACGGACGCUAGCACUAAGACCACACUCAAUGAGCUGUAUACGGCCAUAAGCAAACAGGAAAACGCUCAUCCAGAGGCGGUGCUCCUAGUGGCCGGGGACUUUGAUGCAGAGAAACUUAAAUCCGUUUUACCUCAUUUCUACUAGCAUGUUAAAUGUGCAACCAGAGGGAAAAAACUCUAGACCACCUUUAUUUCACACACAGAGACGUGUACAAAGCUAUCCCUCGCCCUCCAUUUGGCAAAUCUGACCAUAAUUCUAUCCUCCUGAUUACUGCUUACAAGCAAAAAUUAAAGCAGGAAGCACCAGUGACUCUGUCAAUAAAAAAGUGGUCAGAUGAGGCAGAUGCUAAGCUACAGGACUGUUUUGAAAGCACAGGCUGGAAUAUGUUCUGGGAUUCUUCCUAUGGCAUUGAGGAGUACACCACAUCAGUCAUUGGCUUCAUCAAUAAGUGCAUUGAUGUGACCGUACUUACAGUUGAAGUCGGAAGUUUACAUGCACCUUAGCCAAAUACAUUUAAACUCCGUUUUUCAUAUUUCCUGACAUUUAAUCCUAGUAAAAAGUCCUUAGGUCAGUUAGGAUCACCACUUUAUUUUAAGAAUGUGAAAUGUCAGAAUAAUAUUGAUUUUUUUCAGCUUUUAUUUCUUUCAUCUCAUUCCUAGGGGGUCAGAAGUUUACAUACACUCGAUUAGUAUUUGGUAGCAUUGCUUAUAAAUUGUUUAACUUGGGUCAAAUGUUUCGGGUAGCCGUCCACAAGCUUCCCACAAUACAAUAAGUUGGGUGAAUAUUGGCCCAUUCCUCCUGACAGAGCUGGUGUAACUGAGUCAGGAUUGUAGGCCUCCUUGCUCACACACGCUUUUUCAGUUCUGCCCACAAAUGUUCUAUAGGAUUGAGGUCAGGGCUUUGUGAUGGACUCUCCAAUACCUUGACUUUGUUGUCCUUAAGACAUUUUGCCACAACUUUGGAAGUAUCCUUAGGGUCAUUGUCCAUUUGGAAGACCCAUUUGCGACCAAGCUUUAACUUCUUGACUGUCUUGAGAUGUUGCUUCAAUAUAUCAACAUAAUUUUCCUCCUUAUGAUGCCAUCUAUUUUGUGAAGUGCACCAGUCACUCCUGCAGCAAAGCUCCCCCACAAAAUUAUGCUACCACCCCUGUGCUUCACGGUUGGGAUGGUGUUCUUCGGCUUGUAAGUCUCCCCCUUUUUCCUUCAAACAUAACGAUGGUCAUUAUGGCCAAACAGUUCUAUUUUUGUUUCAUCAGACCAGAGGACUUUUCUCCAAAAAGUAUGAUCUUUGUCCCCAUUUGCAGUUGCAAACCGUUGUCUGGCUUUUUUAAAGGCGGUUUUGGAGCAGUGGCUUCUUCCUUGCUGAGCGGCCUUUCAGGUUAUGUCGAUAUAGGACUUGUUUUACUGUGGAUAUAGAUACUUUUGUACCUGCUUACUCCAGCAUCUUCACAAGGUCCUUUGCUGUUGUUCUGGGAUUGAUUUGCACUUUUCGCACCAAAGUACGUUCAUCUCUAGGAGACAGAAAGUGUCUUCUUCCUGAGCGGUAUGACGGCUGCAUAGUCCCAUGGUGUUUAUACUUGUGUACUAUUUUUUUGUACAGAUGAACAUGGUACCUUCAGGCAUUUGGAUAUUACUCCCAAGUAUGAACCAGACUUGUGGAGGUCUACAAUUAUUUUUGGCUUGGCUGAUUUCUUUUGAUUUUCCCAUGAUGUCAAGCAAAGAGACGCUGAGUUUGAAGGUAGGCCUUGAAAUACAUCCACAGGUACACCUCCAAUUGACUCAAAUGAUGUCAAUUAGCCUAUCAGAGGCUUCUAAAGCCAUGACGUGAAUUUUCCAAGCUGUUUAAAGGCACAGUCAACUUAGACUUCUGACCCACUGGAAUUGUGAUACAGUGAAUUAUAAGUGAAGUAAUCUGUCUGUAAACAAUUGUUUGAAAAAUUACUUGUGUCAUGCAAAAAGUAGAUGUCCUAACCAACUUGCCAAAACUAUAGUUUGUUAACAAGAAAUUUGUGGAGUGGUUGAAAAACGAGUUUUAAUGACUCCAAACUAAGUGUAUGUAAACUUCAGACUUCAACUGUACAUACCCCAACCAGAAGCCAUGGAUUACAGGCAACAUUCGCACUGAGCUAAAGACUAGAGCAAGGAACGGGACUCUAACCCGGAAGCUAAUAAGUAAUCCCGCUAUUCCCUCCGACGAACCAUUAAACAGACACAGUGUUAAAAGAGGACUAAGAUUGAAUUGUACUACACCGGCUCUGGCGCUCAUCGGAUGUGGCAGGGCUUGCAAAACAUUGCAGACUACAAAGGGAAGCACAGCCGAGAGCUGCCCAGUGACAUGAGCCUACCAGACGAGCUAAACUACUUCUAUGCUCGCUUCGAGGCAAAUAACACUGAAACAUGCAUGAGAGCACCAGCUGUUCCAGACGACUGUGUGAUCACGCUCUUCGCAGCCAAUGUGAGUAAGACCUUUAAACAGGUCAACAUUCACAAGGCUGCAGGGCCAGAUGGAUUACCAGGACAUGUACUCCGAGCAUGUGCUGACAUUUUAAACCUCUCACUGUGCGAAAAAUGUUUUAAGCAGACCACCAUAGUCCCUGUGCCCAAGAACACUAAGGUAACCUGCCUAAAUGACUACCGACCCGAAGCACUCACGUCUGUAGCCAUGAAGUGCUUUGAAAGGCUGGUCAUGGCUCACAUCAAAACCAUUAUCCCAGAAACUAUAGACCCAGUCCAAUUUGCAUAUCACCCUAAGAGAUCCACAGAUGAUGUAAUCUCUAUUGCACUCCACACUGCCCUUUCCCACCUGGACAAAUGGAACACUUAUGUGAGAGUGCUAUUUAUUGACUACAGCUCAGCGUUCAACACCAUAGUGCCCUCAAAGCUCAUCAAUAAGUUAAGGACCCUGAGACUGAACACCUCCCUCUGCAACUGGAUCCUGGACUUCCUGACGGGCCACCUCCAGGUGGGAAGGGUAGGUAACAACACAUCUGCCACGCUGAUCCUCAACACAGGGGUCCCUCAGGGAUGAGUGCUCUCCUACAGUCCCCUCCUGUACUCCCUGUUCACUCAUGACUGCACAGCCAGGUACGACUCCAACACCAUCAUUAAGUUUGCUGAUGACACAACAGUGGUAGGCCUGAUCACCGACAACAAAGAGACAGCCUAUAGGGAGGAGGUCAGAGACCUGGCCGUGUGAUGCCAGGACAUCAACCUCUCCCUCAAUGUGAUCAAGACAAAGGAGAUGAUUGUGGGCCGAGGAAAAGGAGGACCGAGCACGUCACCAUUCAUAUCGACAGGGCUGUAGUGGAGCAGGUUGAGAGCUUCAAGUUCCUUGGUGCCCACAUCACCAACAAACUAACAUUGUCCAAGCACACCAAGACAGUCGUAAAGAGGGCACAACAGAACCUUUUUCCCCUCAGGAGACUGAAAAUAUUUGGCAUGGAUCCUCAGAUCCUCAAAAGGUUCUACAGCUGCACCAUCGCGAGCAUCCUGACUGGUUGCAUCACUGCCUGGUAUGGCAACUGCUCGGCCUCCGACCGCAAGGCACUAUAGAGGGUAGUGCGUACGGUCCAGUACAUCACUGGGGCCAGGCUUCCUGCCAUCCAGGACCUCUAUACCAGGCGGUGUCAGAGGAAGCCCCUAAAAAUUGUCAAAGACUCCAGCCACCCCAGUCAUAGACUGUUCACUCUGCUACUACACAGCAAGCGGUACCAGAGUGCCAAGUCUAGGUCCAAGAGGCUUCUAAACAGCUUCUACCCCCAAGCCAUAAGACUCGUGAACAUCUAAUCAAAUGGCUACCCAGACUAUUUGCAUCCGUUCACCUACGUGUUUGGAACCAAAAAUCUCACAUUUGGACUCAUCAGACCAAAGGACAGAUUUCCACCGGUCUAAUGUCCUUUGCUCGUGUUUGUUGACCCAAGAAAGUCUUAUUUUAUUGUUGUCCUUUGGGGCGGCAGGUUACCUAAUGGUUAGAGCGUUGGGCCAGUAUCCGAAAGGUUGCUAGGUCAAAUCCCUGAGCUGACAAGAAUUUGUUCUUAACUGACUUGCCUAGUUUAAUAAAAAAUAGUUGUGGUUUCUUUGAAGCAAUUUGACCAUGAAACCUGAUUCACGCAGUCUCCUCUCAGCAGUUCAUGUCCGCCUUGGUCAGGGAGGUGACAAAGAACCUGAUGGUCACUCUGACAGAGCUCCAGAGGUCCUCUGUGGAGAUGGGAGAAACUUCCAGAAUGACAACCAUCUCUGCAGCACUUCACAAAUCAGGCAUUUCUGGUAGUGUGGCCAGUCAGAAGCCACUCCUCAGUAAAGGGCACAUGACAGCCCUCUUGGAGUUUGCCAAAAGGCACUUAAGGACUCUCAGACCAUGAGAAACAAGAUUCUCUAGUCUGAUGAAACCAAGAUUGAACUCUUUCGUCUGAAUGCCAAGCGUCACGUCUGGAUGAAACCUGGCACCAUCCCUACGAUGAAGCAUGGUGGUGACAGCAUCAUGCUGUGGGGAUGUUUUUCUUUGACAGGGAAUGUGAGACUUGUUAGGAUGGAGGGAAAGAGGAACGGAGCAAAGUACAGAGAGAUCCUUGAUGAAAACCUGAUCCAGGACCUCAGACUGGGGCCAAGGUUCACUUUUCCAACAGGACAAAACCCCUUCGUUUGCACUGCGAUGCAGUGUCUUGGACCGCUGCACCACUUGGGAGGUUCCAUCCACAAAGUUUUUAAUGCUUAUCAAUUGCCUUGCACCAAGGAAAUACAAAAUACUAAAAUACUACACAGGCUCUUAAAGAAUUUCAUUGAAAUGUUAGUUGUAUUUUUUUGAUCACAGAAACAAUGAGAAAAUGUAGAAAAAUAAAUAAUUCAAUGUUAAUUAUAUAAAGCGGCAGGGUAGCCUAGUGGUUAGAGCGUUGGGCUAGUAACCGGAAGGUUGCAAGUUCAAAUCCCCGAGCUGACAAGGUACAAAUCUGUCAUUCUGCCCCUGAACAGGCAGUUAACCCACUGUUCCUAGGCCGUCAUUGAAAAUAAGAAUUUGUUCUUAACUGACUUGCCUAGUAAAAUAAAGGUAAAAUAAGAGAGCAGCCCCAAUCGGCCCGAACCCCAAGUAAUACAUUUGGGCCAGAUAACUAUCACCGGAAUCAAGACCGCACCCCAAGUAAUAGAUUUGAGCCAGAUAACUAUCACCGGAAUCGGCCCGAACCCCGAGUAAUACAUUUGGGCCAGAUAACUAUCACCGGUAUCAAGCCCGAACCCCAAGUAAUACAUUUGGGCCAGAUAACUCACACUGGAAUCGGCCCGAGCUCAAUCCUCGCAUCGUAGCCAGCCAUAAGUAAUACUGCCGAAGGCGGCCCAGACUCGGGCCACAUGACGUUAGCCGAGUCUGACUGUCGGCUGAGUGCCCCAACUCUCAGCCGGAAUCGGCCCAGAUCCACUGUGCUAGCUGGGACGCAGUAGGUUUCACUUCUCCAUCCGUCAUUUAAAAAAAGACCCGACGGAGCUCAAUAAUGCAAAGACGGGCAGCAUGAAGGUCUUGUAAUUGAUUUGGCUGGAAAGGGGUAGAAAUUGUGCUUUACAAUGGUAUUCAUAUUACAGUUGACCUGGAAGUAUUACGUUUUUGGGGAGCUAAAAUAAGGUACAUUGUACGUUACAGCGCGAUGUACAAAAGUGUGUUAGCUAACUAUACACUUUAAUGGUGUUUAUGCGUAGGAUAAGGUGUGUGGGGGGUUGUGGUGGGAGUUGUGUGUGUGUGUGUGUGUGUGUGUGUGUGUGUGUGUGUGUGUGUGUGUGUGUGUGUGUGUGUGUGUGUGUGUGUGUGUGUGUGUGUGUGUGUGUGUGUGUGUGUGUGUGUAGGGGCUUUACUGUACUCUAGCAUUAAGUGCAGCAGUCAGAGUAAGCACAGCUGUGUUAAGGCUGGAAACUAAACAACUUAAGCUGUCUUUAACACAUGCCCUGUCUUGAAAAGAAUUAGUUGAUACAUUUUUCCCCCUUUUAUAUGAAGCCAUAGUCAUUACUGUAUGUGACCUUUUUGGAAGGAGAAAUCAAUAAUUGAUGUGUAGCUCAGAUGUUAGUUCAUUUCCGGUAGUCAUGCAGUUAGUGUUUGGUGCUGUGAAAUGUUCAGUAUACUGUACAGUAUGAACUGUAGGGCUACAUUAUCAACACCAGUACGUUUUAGUUGAACAGAACUGAGCAUCUUUUGUUUGGGACCUAUUAAAACAAUGAAAAUCUUCAGCCAUGAAUGAAAGACUUCCUACUGAGAAUGUGCUUCACUUCUAAGAAUCAAUUGGGUGUAAGAAUAAAAGACUGUAAAGGAUGUGAGUGUACAGUACUUGGCUGGCCUUCAGUGGUUCAACAUGAGAAGGUCUCUGUCUAGGCCUCUACAGUCUGAAUGGGGUUAGGAGGCCAACAGAGAUGUACAAAUACCAGGGGGAAAAAACGUGUCCAGCCGUUCCUCCAAUUAUUUUUCUUUCUUACCCUCCAACCUUUCCACAAAAUGAAGGAUCAAUGUGUUUGAAAGGUUAAAUAAAUAAAAGCUUAAGUGCAGCAUCACUUCUCUCCUGUUAUGUUGGGUUAGCAGUGUUUACUUCGUGGAGGUGUAGCUGGUUAAAGUGUGCGAAUUCAUCACGCUUGAUGUGCUGUCUGUUAUGGUUAGUGCUCCGUCCUUCCAUUUGAAUGGUGUAGAAUGUGUGUGAGAUGUGCGUGAGCAUUUAAUGUAGUGUGGAGGAUAGCGUGCGAGCACUGGCUUCAACGCAUGUGGGUCAUUCCAUUUCAAGUUCAGCAAGUCAUGACACCCACCAUCUCAGAUUGUUCUGUAAUCGUUUCUGUAGUUAGAUAAGCAUUACUGCGACAUUAGUUAUUUGAAAUACAAUUUGAUCUUUGAGAAAUUAAGCUAAUUUGAUUGCACCCAAAUUGGCCAUUUUUAUUUAUACGAUUCAUAUAAUAUUCAAUAAAUAUAGUACCUAACAUCUGAUUAUGACCAAACUUAUUUUCUAUCAAUAAGUAAGACAUGGUCAAAAGCUACCCAUGGAUGUAGGAUGGUCCAUAACCCUAACAACUUCAAUGACUAAUUUCUCUGAACAGGGGAUAAAAACAUCACCAAAUACACUGAGAAUAUAUUACAUAGUAUGAAGAAGCAAUACUCCGAGCCGCAGCUCCAUACUACUUGUCAAACAUAGAGAACUGAUACUAUAUACUCAUUGUUGGGGUGGGAUUGGUGUGGGGGGCCCGUGGAGGGCUUUUGACCAUUUCUUAGAAUUUCUCAUGUUUUAACUCAUUGUUAGAAAAAAGCUUGGUCCAAAUCAGAUGUUAGGUACUAUAAGAGAAAAUUGCCAAUUUGGUUGCAAUCAAUUAGCUUAAUUUCUCAGAGAUCUAAUUAUAUUUCAACAAAAUAAUGUUGCAAAAAUGCCAAUCUUACCCGUGUCUAACAACAGACAUCAUAGCAGAACAAUCUGAGGUUGUGGGUGUCGAAAUCCUAUUGUGGUUUUUGAGGUGGAACGACCUGUGUGUGUGUGUGUGUGUGUGUGUGUGUGUGUGUGUGUGUGUGUGUGUGUGUGUGUGUGUGUGUGUGUGUGUGUGUGUGUGUGUGUGUGUGUGUGUGUGUGUGUGUCUGCAUGUGGCAGUGUAUUGUAUGAGUACAGUAUGUGUGUGCAUGUAUGAGAGUGAAUGCGUGACUGUGGCUCGCUUCCUUUCAUGCGUGUCUCGUGAUGUGUGGGUUGGUGCUUAUGUGUGUGUGUGUGUGUGUGGGCCAUUUGUCGGUCGGUCAAGCAUACAGGGCACAUUGUAGCACAAAAGGCCUUAAUGCCCACGCUAGGUUGAAGGGUCCUGUCAGAGAGGAAAGGAGUCUGUUACACCAAACCACACCAAAGACACUCCUCAUGUGUAGAAGCCGAGCAGGAGGAGGAUGACAGAGAGAGAGAAAAAGACAGAUAGACAGAGAACUGCAGGGUUGGCAUCUGCGUUUCAUAAAGACGUUUUACUCUGUUUAAAAAUAAUUUAGACAUAAAGUAACCUUUUACGAGACUAUAAUGGAAAACUGUCAUUUAUUAACACAUUUUGGAUAUUAUCAACAAUAAAAUACUGUGAAAAUGUU